CGACACCGCGAGCAGCUCCCAGCCCCCGUACGCACACGACAAACCCCCGCGAAUGGACUACCGCGCACACCGGCAGCUCGCCCGCCUCUCCUCCCGACCGCUGGGGACAAGAUAAACAAAAGCUGCACUUCUUUCUUUCUUUAUCUCUUCUCCCUCCCAGAGUCAAAGCAAAGCGCGCGGGAUGUUUCAGUGUUUCGCGCGGUUACGAAGAGGAGGGAGCCGCUCGCGCUCAAUCAUUAGACAAUUAGCGAUUUAACCAGUAAUUACAUAAGUAGUGUUUAAAGCACCGUAGCGCUUCGUCGAUCUGUGACUUGACUAAUUUUAGACCGGAGGGAAACCAGCGGAGGACUCACUGUUUAUUUAGGAGUUUUUUUUUUUUUUUCUUUUCCCUUUUUUUCCCCUAAACAGUGCACUUGGAUUUCAGAAGGCGAGAGUGGAGCCGAGGACGAGGUCAAGACAAUCCAAGUCAGGUUGAUAUCAGUGGAAGAGAUGACCCUUGUCUUGUCCAUGAAUCCCUUUUUGGAUCCAGAAGGAGACCCUCCUCUCUCCACACUGCAGCAGAUCUGGGAAUCAGAGCGCUGUCCCAAGAGCUGCCUGUCAAACUCCUCCCUGCCGUGCAGCUCAGAGGAGCCGUUUACACGAGAGCCACAUUGUAGGCGAGUUCCUGAUCACGUUUCUUUGUCAAGAAUCGCUUACUUUAAGAGGAAGUUUAUUGAUGAUGAAGAUGAAGCUCCUUUCAGAUUUCGAACAUACUGCCAGACUGUUGCUCCAGUACUGGAGGAGAGGGCCCAUGUGCUCCGACUCUCAGUUGAGAAGAUGAGAUUUAUUGAUGAUCCUGAGGCCUUUCUGCGCCGCUCAGUUCUCGUCAAUAACCUCCUGCGGCGUCUGCGAGCUGAGAUCCUGCUCCAGAGCACAGACUGGUGUUUCCCCCCUAACCCCGCGUUAGCCGCCGGGCCCUGUGUCCUCCCUCCCAGCUCCAGUCCGCCCCACCCAGCUCUCCAUGGCACCUUACCCCCCAGGAUCUGCCUCCCCCCUCAGCCUGGACCACCCCAACGCAAGCGCUACCGGAUGAUGCGCGGCCAGGGCUUUCUCCGGCCCGACUGUGCUCAGACGUGUUGUUGUAUCUAUGCAGCAGCUGCAGCAGGACACUACCUCCACCUGCCCUUCUCCAUGUACGACGCAGCCCUGUCCGCCUGCCCCACCACACCACACUCCCCCUCCUUUCUCCAACUGGCCAACCACAGCAAACUGGGCUUCACUAUUGAUGUAGAAGAUCACGAUGAGGAGGAUGAAGAGGUGGAAGAGGAGGAAGAAAAUGAAGAAGAUGAGGAGAGAGAAGAAGAGGAAGGGGACGAAAGACAACAAGCAGGGACAUCCUUUGCUUUAAUGAACAAGUCCAGUUCAAAAAGGACUAGGACUGCACCAGGUAAAAAACAGACCCACAAAAGGACAGAGGAGGAGAGCUGUAUGAGACACAGUAUUGAGGAAGAGGAGGAAGAAGAGGAGGAAGAGGACGCAGACAUUUCAGAAAAACAGGUCCAGAAAGUUAGCAUUUGGCACCGAAGAGCUCAUAGACAAUAAUGUCACAUUAAAACUGGAAAGUUGUCUAAAAUGGCAUUAACAUGUCUCCGUUGUAAGAAGCUAUGCCCAGUAGAGUUACGGUGUAACCUGCUCGUACCAUUGUCACGCUGAUGGACAGCUCAAAGACCCACGGGCCUGACACACUCGCUCUUCACCUAUUCUGUACAGAGAAGUUAGUCUGGUACCUCUUCAGUAGAGUCAGAUUGAACUGACCUGAUGCAUGGCAGCAGCACAUACAAACUCAACAUUUAAGGUUAUGGCACAUCACAAAGCCUCCGCUUUUAUAAAUGUGGUAAAAACAGUUAAGAGCAAAUCAAACACAGUGUACUGGUACCAGAUGUACUUCCUCUGUAUUGAAUACAGUGAGAGUGUCUAAUGGCCAGGCUAGUAUACAACGUGGAUGACAGGUUCAAUUUCUCGACCGCCAUAUAUUUGUUGUAACAUUUUAGAUGGCUCAAGAUAAAGUAGUAAACAAAACAACUGAGGAUCAACAAGGUGUGGCUUAAAGGGUUCUUACUCUGUCCAUCUUUAUAUAUGAUUUAUUAUGAUCCCAAGGGAGCUUUAUUUUUAUAGACCUUACAUAGCACACAGCUUCAAGCUUCAUUUGACUCUGUAGAAAGCACAUCUUGACCUAAGCACUGGAAACAGUUUAAAAUUAUAACAUUUAAAGGUCAUCCUCAAUAAGAUCGUAGAUCUAGGCAUCUGAAACUUGCACUGUCUUUAAGACGACUUCAAGUAGUUGAGCACAAAACAGAAAAAAAAACACAUCUAGGCUUUGUAUUGGUGCGCCGGUCUCUUUCUGGACCCUAAACAAGCUGAUAAAAUGAAGGAAUGUGUGCUUGUAUGUGUGUUGUGAACAAACGAUGUAGCAUCUUUAAACUUGAUUUAAGCCGUUUUACAGAUAGUCUAAUGCUUAGGGUGUAUUUAUGCUGUCUCAGGCAACAACACUCAACUGCUGCAAAGAUAGCACAAUGAUUUUGAGACAAAACAAUCAAUGUUACAAAUGUACAUCUCUAAAGAAACAACACAAGUGCCUUAUUUUUAAUGGAUCAACAUUGUGCAUCAUUUUACUGUUCUUGUAGCUUAUCUCGCAUUCCCAGUGACUGCACUUGACAAACGGGACUCAAAAAUGAAGGCAGAAUUCAUCUAUAUGUUUUCAGUGACACAUUUGAUCUCAUGCCCAAAUGCCUCACUUGUUUUACUUGCAUGUUUUAGCACUACCAGCUCUGCACAGUGCAGUGCAUAGGGAAGGCUGCAAUUGGGAAUAGUCUUACAACUGUCAGCUUUCAUAAACAUUCAUUUGCUAUUACCAACUUUUGACGAGCACUUCUAAUAUCAGUGCUAUUUAAAUACAUCAUUUCACAUAGCCGUGAAUUUUGUCCAUACAUUUUCUCUUUCAUGAAUAACUGAGCCAAUCAAGAGCUGAUUCUCCAUGAGGCCGUGAUGAGCGGUUGUUGCAGACCCGCUCCUUUGUGUCCUGAUGCCGUAAUAAGUGGUGUCUUGUGUGUCAUUGUAUCUUGUUUGGCACUUCAGAAGAAUAGGCUGCUCACACUAAUUAGCACCCAAACCAAAGCUGAUCUUGAGUAUAUCAGUCAAUAGUAUUUUGAUUUUCCACACUUCAAAUUGUUUGUUUAUUUCAUUUUAAUUUUAUUAGUUUUUACAUUUUCUAUAUGUUUUUGGUCUCACUUUAUAUGACACUACACGUGACACUUUAGGCUUACCUCAUUAAGUACAAUGCAACAACUUGACUAAUAACAUGGUACUAAUGGUCAGGAGGCGAAGCAUGACAAAAUACUGAAUUCAUAAUGAACUUAGUUUAUUAGGAAUGAUUCAGGCUUAGUAACUAGUUAACGAAGGUCUCAAUCAUUAUUUAUUCAUUAUGAAUUAAGUCUUCAUUCAUGCUUUAUUAAGGCUAAUUAAGCUGAAGUGUUACCACAGACUGCUACACGGUAUGUUGGGUUCAUGUUACACACUAUUCCAGACUGUUAGAGUGUUACAGCAGUUAAUGAGGUAGGCUGAAUGUAGUGUCAAAUAAAGUUACUCAUUUUCUUUUCAUUUCCACGCAUCUGAGACUGUUGUGAUUAGCUUAUCAGACAUUUCAGGACAAAGCAGUGGGUGUUUCUAAGGGAAAAAAAAUAAACAUUUACAAAGCAUUGUCGUUAUAAAAAAAGCAACAAAAGAGCGAGUCAGCUCUGAAAACUUCUGUGAUGUUUUGUGACAAGUGUAAAGUAAAAGA